AUGAACUAUUUGGAUUUAAACGAUGGUUUGGAUGAAAUAGAUCAUGCAUUGACAAAUACACAAACAACAACAACAACAGCUAACCUGUCUACAGUUGUUAAUCAACAAAGUAAAGACUUAUCUGAUUGGAGAAAUAUUCAAUUGGGCACAGCAUCAACUAUAUUUGAUCGAUUAUGGAUGCCAACAACAAUGAAUUCUUGGACAACACCUAAUACCCCAGUCUAUCCAUCUCCUUAUAAUCAACAGACAACAUCUACAUAUCCAUGGACAACUUCAAUUAAUAAUCAAUCAUGGCCUAUGACAACAUUUCCAACCAAUACCACACUUCCGUUUAUUAAUUUUGAUUCUCCACAACAGAGUUUUACUCCAUCAGAUACGACAAAUGAUAUUAUAGAUUUAACUACAAAUACAACAGUAAACUUAUCAACACCAGUUAGAGGUUUUAUUCCUGUUCAACCACAUCCAUAUUCAUAUUUGACACCUCCUGUACCUCCGUACCAAAAUCCAAUACCUCCACUACAAGUGUCUGAACCGACUACUACUCAACAACAGCCACAGAUAGAAGCUGAACUUAUUCUUGUGCCUGAAACUGACCUGGAAGAAAUCCUUGAACAUAUUGAGGCGGUUAUACCUGAUAUUGAUAUUGAUGCAGCACGUCGUACAAUAACAGCAAUGAAUCCAAUACCUUCAAUUAAUGAAAUAGUAACAAGUUUUCUUGAUAAUGGUUAUACAAAAAAAGCGAAAAAAUCAUUUGAUCACGAGCGAAAUAUAUCAUUAAAACGUUCAUGGUCAGAGACAAUGGAUGAUGUACCGAAAUUUUUAUCGACUUAUUCCGAUCCAGUGACUUUUUUCUUUGAUACACAACGAAAACAAUCGGAAUCGUAUAUAAAUCAUGCUAAAGCAUUUAUUGUACGUGCUUUUCCGGCAAUAGAUAAAAGUAUUCUAGAACAAACUUUACAAGAAGAAAAUCAUCAUUUUCUAUCAACUGUAAGAAAAUUAGAAAGACAAUUCAAUAUUCGUACAAAUGCAUUCUUGCAACGAACAGCAAUUAGAAAAUCAUUAGAUAUGCUUGAUGCUGCAAUUGGUGGUGUUGGCCGAGUGCCGUCUACAUCAUGGUUAAUUAAAAAUAAUAAAUUUAUUUAUGCAAUUCCACAUACACCAUGCGAAGAAUUUUAUGAUGAACUCCGUUUUGCUAAAAAUGAAAUUAGAAUUCGACGUUUUCUUGGUAAAGUCUCUAAAGAUCAUGAAAAACGUGUAAAACGAGCAAAAAAAGACAAUGAAACACUUGACUGCAAUAUAUGCUGCCGUGAAGAUUUAUUAAUUGAUGAUAUGGUUGAAUGUAGUGUAGGACAUCUUUAUUGUCGUAAUUGUGUUCGAACACAUAUUGAUUUGUGCUUCAAAGAAGGCAAAUGUCGUUUUGUUUGUGUUGAAAAUUUGUGUCCGGGUGAAUAUACAAUGCGACUUGUUAGUGAACUUUUACCACCAAAAGACUUAAAUCGUUUGAAUAGACGAAUACAAGAAGAAAAUAUUCGACAAGCUGAAAUUGAUGGUCUUGAAUGUUGUUCUUAUUGUCCAUAUGCUGUUAUUGUUGAUAAUCCAGAUGAUAAAGUUUUUCGUUGUUUAAAUCCCGAAUGUAUGAAAGAAACUUGCAGAUUGUGUAAAGAACCUAACCAUAUUCCAUUACGUUGUAAUGAAGUUGAAAAAGGUGUUGAACUUGAAAUGCGUAAAUUCAUUGAAGAACAUGUAACGGAAGCAAUGAUACGUAAAUGUCCUCGCUGUACACAACGUUUUUACAAAGUUGAAGGAUGUAAUAAAAUGACCUGUUCCUCUUGUGGUCUAUUUAUUUGUUAUGUUUGUCGAGAGACAAUAAAUGGAUAUGAUCAUUUUACAAAUAAUGAACGAUGUACAUUAUCAAAUCAAAGUGAAAAAAUACAUUAUGAAGAAAUGUUAGAAGCAUAUCGAAAUGCGAAAAAUGAAUAUCUUCGCUUGCAUCCUGAAGCACAUGAUAUGGUACUUCGUUAUGAUCCAAUAUCACAUUUGAUUAAAAUAGAAAAUUCAACGGAUGAUUUAACUUCUAUGACUAGUAGCAACGAUGCUCUACGGUCAGUACCAAGAACAACAACUACUACAAGCAUAAAGCAUCUUUAUAGCGAUGAAGAAAACAAUGAGCAGAUUCGUGGUCAAGUGUUUUCUGCACUUCGUUAUCUUCAUCAUGAUUUCGAAUUUUAUCUACCGUUGGUUUACAUUAAACGACGGAUACUGGAAUUAAGCAUGGAGACAUAUUUAAAUGAACUUAAAAUAAACGGAGGUAAAACGACAACAGACUAUGACAGUAGCUGUCGUGAAUUAAUUAAAGUCGAUGAUUUUCUUUCACGAACAACGGACAUUAAUGAUCGAGUGAAGGAAAUUUUUGUUAAUGGCAUUCUUCCAAUAUCAGACACAAUGCUUAUCUUCGAAGAAAAUGGUACACGUGAUCAACCAGUAUUAACACUUGCUUCUCGUGAUGAACAUUGGACGGAAACAUCACUAACUGGCCUCAAUAUUCUAUUAAAUCUUCUGUCGUAUUUCAAUGUAUUAUUCUGUGGUCCAGGAUGGGAGGGAUCGGAUCUUGUUGGAUUUUCAUUACCGGUUAUGAACACAAUUAUUGAUAAAUCUUAUGAAAUCAUACCAUUGUGUCGUGCAACAUCAAUUGUAUUAGAUGAUCUUGAGGGCGUGGAUGAAAAAGUUCCAUUAUGGUAG